GGUUUGAGCCAGAUUGUAGAUUGGUCUUGGCGAAAGGCGUACUUACUUGUACACGGCGCGGAGCGACUCAGUCAGUUGUGGUAUUCGAGUGCUGCGCUUCUUGCUGGAAUAGUACUACUGUCAGACCAGUCGCACCGGUCUACUGCCAUCAUGGGCUGCGCUGUUUCCGAUAUAGCUCAGGAGUUUCAGAGGCUGGACGCACAGUUCCAAAAAGGCGUCCAGGCCACGUAUGAUUCGCUGACCAAAACCAUCGAGGACAUGAAGACUCCCGAUGAUAUCAAAGCCGCGUCAGCCAAGGUUGAGGAUAACUGGCCCGAAAAAACUGGUAAAGCAAUCGUCAAGGCCAUGGAAUUUGCGCAGAUGAAAGUGAACAACAUGUGCUGUGGUCUGGGUGGCCCUCCCACGGUAUUCGGGGCUCAAGACAAGAAAGCCGACCUGGAGAAAGUCUCUCAGGCUAGAGAGGCUGUGGUGAAGUUUCUGAAGGAGUUGCAGAAAGCCGCUGAGAGCGGUGACAAGGCCAAGAUGGAUGAGGCCGCAAAGAAGGUGCCCGAAAUCAACGGCAAAAAGCCAACUGUGAAACUGGAUCCACCCGGGCCGAGUGAGGCAGAAAAGGCUGCUGCUGAUAAAGAAGCAGCAGAGAAGGCCAAAAAAGAAGCGGAAGACAUCGAAAAACUUGCUGCCAAGGAGAAAGCAGAUGCUGAAAAGGCUGAAAAACUUGCUGCUACGGAGAAAGCGGAUGCUGAAAAGGCUGAAAAACUUGCUGCUACGGAGAAAGCGGAUGCUGAAAAGGCUGAAAAACUUGCUGCUACGGAGAAAGCAGAUGCUGAAAAGGCUGAAAAACUUGCUGCUACGGAGAAAGCAGAUGCUGAAAAGGCUCGCGGUGAGGCCGCAGCACUGGAGGAAACUGCUGCUAAGGAGCGCGAUGAAGCCCAAACACUGGCCGACACGGCUCAAGCAAAUGAAGCUGCUGCUGCUCAGGAGCGCGACCAGGCUAAAGCGCUGGAAGCUGCUGCUGCUGGAGAGCGCAACGAGGCCGCAGCACUUGAAUCUGCUGCGGCUAUAGAGCGCAACGAUGCCGCAGCACUGGAAGCUACUGCUGCUGCGGAGCAAGCGGAUGCCGCGCGUAUGCGCAAUGAGGCCGCAGCACUGAGAGGCGUACCCCUCGGCUAAGUGGCUACACAGCGGCUGCCUCAGGAUCAACACCAGCACACAAUGUCCCCCUGAGGCGAGUGCCAAGAUGAACAGAUCCAACCGCGAGAGAGAUGCAAUGGCCGGUGGAGUGAUGCUGGUCAGCUGUGGCGCCGUUCUUCAAUUCCCGACCAUCAUAAACAGAAGCUGCACGCGUAUUCUCUGUCCUACACUCAUUGCAUGCAUGGCCGGCCUGUAUCAGCUCUUUCAUGAUGUGCCUGUGUUUGCAUACACUGUUUUUUUACAUGGCGUGUCCUGGUGGUAACCCGUGGCAGGCGAAUUCCACAACCAUUGCAUGUUAUUGCUGUGCCGUAUUGGCAUGUGUGCACUCUCAAAAGCGUUUACAUGUAUUUGCCUUUGUUCUUUGACACGAAGUUUGCCUGCUUUCACUAGUUACCACUGUCAUAUGUUUCUAACGUUAUUUCAUCCAGUUUGAAUCAGUUCGAACGACACAAAGGCAACCGACCUUCUAAUGAUGCAUCAUAAACUCAACACCGUAGACACCAUGCUGUCAGGUCACUGUAUUCUUCUCUGAAAAUCUCUUCUCACCCUCUGACAUUAUUAUUUCACGAAACAGUGUUCUGUGCUGCGUGUAUGUAGAGUCCGCAUAUCUACGACAUUUACUAGUAAGCACCC